AUGGUCUUAUAUCAUUCUAGGAUGUCAAACGAUCCAGAAGAGNAGUUGGUGAAUUAAAAAAAGUCUGGAAGGUAUUUUGAUUUUAAAUUCAAGCAUGAAGAAUCAGAUAAAUUGUAUUGUGAAGAAAUUGAUAUUGGAGGAGAAAUUAGAUAAAUAGCAUCAGGAUUAUAAUAAUUUGUGCCUAUUGAAGAAAUGACAGGAUAAGUUUUAGUAUUAGUAAAUCUUAAAGCAAGAAAAUUGGCAGGUAUAUUACAUCUUUAUUUUAUUUAGGUUUUAUGUCUAAUGGUAUGGUUUUAUGUGCAUCUGAUGCAGCUCAUACAAAAGUAGAAUUGAUGAGACCUGCUCCUGGAAGUAAAUUAGGAGAGAGAGUCAAAAUACAAGGACAUGAAAAUAUCUUCAAGGAUGAAAAAGAAGAUGUUUUAAAUCCAAAAAAAGGAUAAUGGGAAAAAGUUGCCCCACUUUUGAAGACAAAUUAAGAUCUUUAAGCAGUUUUUGAUGGUAUUAAAAUAUAAUAUUAAUUUUAGGACAUCUAUUAAUAACAUCAUAAGGUCCAAUUAUUAGCAAGACAUUAGCUAAUUCAAACAUAUCUUGAGAAAUAUAUAUAAAAG